CAGACUUGAUUGACUUUCUACCAACUCGCAAGUUCUUAGAAGUUUUAUUGAGCGAAUUCAGUUUAUUUAUGGAAAAAGUGGAUUUCAAAGUGCCGCUCAUUGGCAGGAAUAGCCUUGUUGCUUUGAACUAAAAGUUGACUUCACUUUUAAACUCCAUGGAAAAGUUUUCAAUUUUGCGGCACUCAGCAAAAUUCGCAAGUUAUAAAAGAAGGAUAGCAUUUAUUUAAAAGACGGAUUUUACACGCCAGACAUUAUGACAAUUUUUCAUUUGAUCACAUUUUCACUUUUAGUGGACUUCACUAUUGCAUUAGGAUUUUUUGAUCUACAAAUCUUGACUGUGAGAAAUAGUCGCGGUGAAUUAUCUAACGGGAAUUGUUGUGAUGGAAAACGUGAUGCCUCUGGAGGUUGCCCCGAUGAAUGUGAAACUUACUUCAAAUUUUGUCUAAAGGAAUACCAGGCACAGGUAGCUGCAGACGGAAAAUGUGCCUUUGGAAAUUUAACGGGACAAGUUCUUGGAGGGAAUUCAUUUACAUUUACUGCAGAUAGUAAUACAGACCGCACCCUGAUGAUUCUUCCCUUCGAUUUCGCUUGGACGGUAAGGGCAUUUUUUGAAUAUCAUGUUUUUUACCAUACAGUUAGUUGAUUUGUCGCAAAUCAGUGAACCAUGAAUUUCUGACUUGCAAUUAUAUAAAGUGUCAAAUUGGUAAGCUUAUUUUCAGCAAAAGUAUGGGGUAAAUGAUCCCUUGUGGUUAAAAUUAUUUUUACAUUAUAUCUAGUUAAUGAAAACACAGGAUGAAAUCAUUUAUACAUAUUUAAUAUUCAGCAUAGUGCACUGAUGUU